UUCAAAAUGACAUAUCCGCGUGCUCAAGCCACGAGCCAGCAGCGAACGGCGGGCGAUUCCAUCAGCUCAUCCAAGAUGUCGUCGGAACUGCAAUGGCUGCUAGUACGCAAGUGGAACGCCUACGGGCACAAGUCCGUCUCCCAGGGCAUCAAGGUACUCUCUAAGGAGCCUGGCAAUCUGCGCAACGUCCACACAUUCAAGCAAAGCGGCCUCGUUCAGCCAAAGACGAUCGGCAUUGCUGCUGGACCCAACGGAAAGGGCUUGACCAUCACGACCCGCAAGACCAAGAAUGUUCAUGCGGGUCACGUAAAGAAGUCGAUCAGCUCGACUGGCGUCAGAGGCAACAACAGACGAUCGUACGCGACCGUCGUCAACCGUGCUGCUGGCUACAGAUCCGAGCUGGUGCGACCUGCCCUGAUCCGCGCAUCGCGUACACUCGAAGCGCAAGCACCCAAGAAGGCCACGCCUGCGCGCAAGCCUCGCGGUCGCAAGGCGAAGCGAGCGGCAAAGGCAGCAGCGGCCACAGAGGCAUGAUGCACGUGAUUGCAUUCCGUUGAUGUUGCUACAGCUACGUGCGUGCUCACAGACUGAACAAAAGUGCGGCCAGAGCGACAAGGGGUCGUGCGAUGAGGGUCGUGCCUGAGCUUGAAGGUGUACUGCUUGCGCUGGCAGAUGCAGAAGCGGAAGAGGCUGCCGAAGAUGCUACUGAGCUCGCUUGCGACACAGAAGAGCUUGCAGGCGCUGUCGUGCUCGCUACCGAGCUGGCCCCAGACGAUGCCGCGGUAGCGUUGGCUGCAGCUGUGCCUGUGCUGAUGGCAGAGAAGGCGCCACUGACAGAUGUCGCCGAAGCGACUGCAAUGGGGACUACUGUCGCAGGCACCGCGACUGCCG